UGCCAGCCUCCUCAUGCCAGGGUCAGUCAGAAGACUGAGAGCGACAGCACAGCCUGGACUGAGUGAGGCAAAGGAGUGCCAAGGAAGUAACCUGUUUCUCGGGGAAAGGUCGAAGGGCCAGUGAGGUCAACAGCUGGUUGUCUUCAUCUGCUGAGUCUGGGAGGGAUGGAUCGAUCCUAACUUUGGUUUCACAAGAUGGAGGUAAGUGGACUUUGGGAGCUGGAGUGGAACAGCAGCAUCAUGGAUUCCAGCCUCUGGAACAAGUCUUUGAUGGGAGGUUUUGACCUGCUGCGGGAUGGUGGCGCCUUGGUACCCUCGGACGUAUUGUUUCGCUUGCAGAUGUUCAUCACUUUUGUCUAUUUGGUGGUCUGCGCAGCCGGACUGUUGGGAAACGGGCUCGUGAUGUACUUGAUCUGGGCCCAGAAGGGGAGCUCCACUCCGGUCAUCAAUAUUUUUGUCUUUGGCUUAGCGGUGGCUGACUUCCAGUUCUCCUUGACACUUCCCUUCUGGGCGACAGAGACGGCUUUAGAUUUCAACUGGCCCUUUGGAGAGGCCAUGUGCAAGGCUGUCCCGUCCCUUACCAUCCUGAGUAUCUAUUUUAAUGUCUUCCUGCUGACUGCCAUGAGCGUCACACGCUACUGGUCUCUGGCUUCGGCCCUAAAGGAUGGGUCAAAGAUGUCCCCUCGCAUGGCCAAAUGGAUCACUGCGGCUCUCUGGGCCAUCGCACUGGGGGCCACCAUACCCACAACAAUCUACGCAACGGUGAUGGAUGUUGCCAGCGUGAAAUUAUGCAUUUUCAAGUUCCCCACACCUUAUCCCUUGCGCAUGUACCACCUCCAAAGGGUGGUGUUCACCUUUGUGAUUCCACUGGCAGUCAUCUUGACCUCCUACUUCCUUCUCCUCAGGCUCCUCAAGGCCCACCACGUCAACAGCAACAAGCUCAAGAGACAGAACCAGGUUGCCACCACAGUCCAGUUGGUGGUCGGCUGUUUCUUUGUUUGCUGGUUCCCCAACCACGUGGUCACCGUCUGGGGGGUUCUGGUCAAAUUCAAGGCAGUGCCCAUGAGUGACGCCUUUCACUUCCUCCAUACCUACAUCUUCCCCCUCACGACUUGUUUGGCUCACACAAACAGUUGCCUCAACCCGAUCCUCUACUGCCUGAUGCGCCAGGAGUUCCGGGAAGCCAUAAAGGGGAUCUUUCAGAGACUCUCCUACCAGCACUUUUCUUGCCACAAGACUUGGGAGGAGGACAUGUUGGUGGCUCUGCCCCUGAGCCCGUCUCAAAAUCACAGCAACCCUCAGAGCGGAGAGAAGGAAGACUCCACCUUCUCCACCAUCUUGGAGCCGAGAACCAAGGAGCCAAAACUGCUAACUGUAGCGCAGCUGAUCCCGGGGGUGGAAAUGCCAAUGUGACCUUCAAAGUUAAAGGCGCCUUGCAUGCUCCGGAAUGACUCCGAAGCAAAGAUUCCUGGAUCCUGAGGAAAACUGGUUUGUUAUUGGUUCUGACCUGACACAAUGGCCUGUUAUCACAGAACCAGAUGGGGCGUCAUUGAGCCAAAGGUGCCUGGGGGUCACCCCCCUGGAUCUAUGGGUCAGUGUUCAGACUCAGCCUUGGCACCUGGGAAGUCAUAACAGAGCUCCCUUGACCAUAUGCAGAGGGCAUUUCUUUCUGUUAUGCAACUGAGGUUAAAAGAAAGGAUUUCCAUCCAUCCAGAGGGAGCGAUUGUUAGGCAAGGUUGAGCCGCUGCACUUGUCUGUUUAAAAUAAGGGUGGCGCUGGGGAGGGGGCUGUUUAACGCUUUCCACAGCACCUCUUGCCUGACCUAAAUGCCCCCCUGACAUGCCUGUGAGCUGUGGGGGGGAGGGGGAAAUACAGGAGGUACCUGAUGAUUGUCCCUGAGAGCAGCUGUGAGAAGGUCAUUUAGAUUGGGAAAGGGGCCAUCUAUGACCUUUUCCCUCACACUGUAUAUUUCAAAUCUUCCUAUUACUCAAAACUCAUGCAUCCCCUUUGGCUCCAAGAGGGCUUUGCCGUAAACAGUUGACCCUCACUUGCCCACCCAUCCGCGCCUCCACUUUACAAAAAGAGUUCCAAGGCUGAAGGAAAAAAGCUCUUUACUCCAAAGUAGCCCUACUGGACUCUGCUGGACUUGCCUGGAAUAAAUGAAUUCUACUCAAA